AUGGACAAGAUUCCCCUCAACUACGAAGCCUCCGAGGGCGACACGAACAAGCAGGUCACCAGCACCCUGCCUACCGAGGUCGUGCAGUGCCUCGAGAAUGCCCGGUUUCUGCAUCUCGCGACGUGCACGGAUAAUGUGCCCCAAGUAUCCUUGAUGAACUACACCUAUCUCCCGUCGUCGCCACACUCGUCGGCGCCUGUCAUUGUCAUGACCACGAACCCUGCUUCGCGCAAGACGACCAACAUCAUCACCAACCCCAAUGUCUCCCUGCUCGUGCACGACUGGGUCUCCCACCGUCCCCACGGCCGGCGCCCGUCCGGCGGCUCCCCCGAGCCCGUGCCGUCCUCGAGCCUCGCCACCUUGCUGCUCAACCUCAACAGCUCCGCCAUGUCCAGCAUCAGCGCCACCAUAGGGGGUGCCGCGCGUCUGGCCCCGACGGGCUCCGACGAGGAGAGCUUCUACGUCGCCCAGCACCUCGAGAACAACACGUUUGACGACUCCAGUGGCAGCGCCCUUUUCACCCCCGCCGCUGCCCACGGCGAGGCCGACACGAGCCGCUUCGUCGCCGGCGAGGACGUCCGCGUCAUCGUUGUCGACAUCAAGACGGUGCGCAUCAGCGACUUCAAGGGCAACGUCCGCGACUGGGCCCUGGUCCCGAGCGAGGCAGUCAACGGAAUGUGUAGAGGAUAA